GAGGGUAGAGUAAAUGGGACAGACCCCUCUCUAGGGACUGCAGGGAGCAGGGAGCUGAUUUAUUUACAGGCGGAGUUUUGCGGAUCUGCGUGGAGUUAUUUUAGCGUUAAACACAGAGUUCCGUGGGUUUUGAGUUUGUGGUGAAGUGGGUCGGUCUGAGGUUCGGUUCUGCUUUCUGUUCAGCGCUGUUUUUUAAUAUGAAACUCCGGGAGUUUGUGUGUUUCUGUCUCCUGCUGAUCGCUUUUCUCUGGGCGGAGGGUUUCGCUCAAACUACAGCAAGCAGCUGCGCUGCAAAAUCCAACACAACCUGUGAGGAAUGCCUCUCCAAUGUUUCUUGUUUGUGGUGCAAUACCGAUCAGAGGUGUGUAGACUACCCGGUGCAGUCGGUCCUGCCCCCGGCGAGUGUGUGUCGUCUGGCUGAGGCUCGUUGGGGGAAGUGUUGGGUGAACUUCCAGACUCUCAUCAUCACUCUGUCUGUGCUGGCACUGGUGAUCCUCAUCGCUGUGGUGGUCUGCUGCUUGUGCUGCUGCAAGUGUGAAAACAUUGGGAGAUCCAGAAAAGUGGAUGAAAGAGAGGCGAGACAAGCUGAUCUAAGAAGAGUUCGGAACGAGGAGAGGAGAGAACAGAUGAAAAGCAGACAUGACGAAAUCCGCAAGAAAUACGGUCUGAUGAAGGAUAAUUCUUACAGCAGAUUUGAGAACAGCUAAGGAGCUUCAUCUGUCCAGACCACCUGUUCUUCUCCAAAACCCCUCCCAAAACUCACACUCCUCCAGAAUCUGAUGUCCUGCACUGAUUUUCUUUUUGUACAUAGUUUAAUGUGAACUGAUUGUUCUGUGUGUGUCUUAGUUCUUUCUGCUGCUGUACCAAAGGCUGCGUUCACACUGCAGGUAAAAGUGGUAAAAAGGGCCCAAAUCUGAUUUUCUCACCAAAUCCGAUGUUUAUUUUAGGAUGUUCAAACUAUCUUUUAAUCUAAUCUUUAUAUGACAUUCGUCUGAACAGUUUACGCUCUAAAACAAACUGAUGUAAUGAAGAGCUUCGCAUAAAGUUUCAGUUUCAUUUUUCCAGCCCCACAGAAGGUAUUAAGCAGUUCCAGUGUCUCACAGCUGGGCGAAUCACUGAAAAUGCAUUUCAGCUGGCUGUAAAAAGGUCACGUUAGCAGGCCACGCCCACUUUAUUGGAGUCUUUAGUUUCUUUAAGCUUUGCUUUUCCCUUAACUGUUCUUUUUUUUUUUGACACUGCAGCAGUGCCCUCCUGUGGCUGCAUUCAGCCAUUACAUUAGAAACACAGAAACUUUGCACCACAAGACUUCUAAUUUAGUUUAAACAGAUAUUUUAAGAUACUUUUCAAAUAUUUCUGAGGUUUUUUUUUCACUCUUCCACCACUGAAACCCUCCCUCACUGCUGUCGUCCAUUUCCCCAUUUUCACUGCCUUUUUUAGUCUCCUUGAUGUAAAAGUUGCGAUCUGACUGUAUUGGAUUUUAAUGCUCGAAUUAGAACUGAAAAUUUAAGAUUCAGUGUGUUUUCGUAAUUUGCACUGCCACACAGAUAACACACCUGUAUCACAUAUAUCUGAAAAGACCAGAUUUGGGCCACUUUUACCUGCUGAGUGAAGGUAGCACAAGAGUUUUAUCUGAUCUGCACUCUGAGCCUCAACAACACUGUAGACCCCCAAGCAUCUCCCCCACAUAUAAUCUAUGUUGCAUCCCCUGAUGAUCACUUAUUUCCUGUUUUUAGUGCUUAAUUGUAAAUUCAGUAUGUUUUUGAAUAUAAGCCAAAAUGAAUGCUGUAAAAAUACACAGUAUUGUUCCAAAUACAUUUCUGUAAAAGAA